AUGGCCGACAAACUUCGCACUCUCCAGAACCUCGAGGCGCUUCAGGCCCGCUACAUCGGUACUGGACACGCCGAUACCACCAAGUACGAAUGGACCUCCAACAUCAUCCGCGACAGCUGCGCGUCGUAUGUCGGACACAACCCGCUUCUUUCCUACAUGGCCGUUGGAAUGGGUGAAUCAAAGGAGAAGACACGCACGAUUAUGCUAGAGAAAAUGGUCAGGGGCGCUGGUAACCCUCCAGAGACGCAGGAGUAA